UACAGUGAGGUGCACAUACUCCCGUCAGGCAUUUCCCUUCCAUGUUACCGGUAAUAGUGUAGGAUGACCCCCAUAUAUGCUAACUUCUUGUUAAAAUGAGUACUGCUUGGUGCACCUUGGUCACGUAGCUAUACCAGGCAGUGCGAUCCGGCUUUUCCUUGGAGCAAUUGUUACUGAUAUAGUUUCUAAGUACCGCUUUCCUUGCUUUGAAAUUUCGGAAGUGCGCUGGGUUGGUUAAGGAGGUGUUGAGAUGCUGGCUGGCUGUUUCGCGUAUCCCUCCAAGCUGUCAUCCGGAUUCAGCCACCAGUUAAAGCUAGCAAACGUUCCAAAGAAUUGUUGAUCACAAUAGCGGCGAGCUUCGGCGGCAAUUUCAAACGAUUAUGGAGAAGCAAUGAAAACAUCACACAAGCCAGCCGUUUUUGGCAAGGCGACAACAGCAUGGACAUCCGUAGCUUCACGGCUAUGGGCGCUAGCCUGGCCCUUGUCGGGCAUGGAGGUGAUGACGUUUGCAAAAGAGAUUAUCAUUACUGCUUUCGUCGGGCAUCUGGGUUCGAUGGAGCUGUCGUCGCUGGUGCUGUCUCAGACGCUAUACAACGUCAGCGGCAACGCGCCCAUGUUGGGAGUGGUCACGGCCAUGGAGACGUUCUGCGGGCAAGCGUAUGGUGCUAAGAAGUACGCAACAGUGGGCGUGGUGACACAGCGAGCCCUCGUGAUCACCACCCUCUUCAACCUCCUGUGCAUUGCCAUGUGGGGCAAGGCGGAGUCGCUGAUGAUUGCCAUGGGUCAGGACCCGCAGAUCGCAAAAGCGGCGGGCCGCUUCACGCUCCUCCUUAGCCCCUGCCUCUUACUUGAUGGCGUUGAACAGUGUUUACGCCGCUACCUAGCGGCGCAGUCUGUUGUACAGCCGUUGCUGUACGUCACUUUUCUUGCAACGCUGCUGACUCCGUUGUACCUUUGGUUCUUCAUCUUUAGAUGCGCGCUGGGCUUCGACGGCGCCGCUGUAGCAUGGGCGUGCGUGCAGGCCAGCUCCUGCCUGGGCCUGCUGGUAUUCACGCUGCACCACACCCGCAACCAGGAGCCGUCCAAGCGCACAUGGGCGGGCUGGAGCCGCGAGUGCCUGGCGGACUGGCCGCUCUACAUCCGAGUGGCCAUUCCCUCGGCCGUCAUGAUCUGCCUGGACUGGUGGACGUUCGAG